AUUUGAUCCCUGCUAGUACCUGCAGCCUGCUUUGAAGUCCCGUUUGUUUUUUUUUUAGACUCAGGCCCAUUUGUUUCGAGUUAGACGGGUGUUACUAUCUUUGCGAUAUGGUUGCCGAAGCGAAUAUUAUUGCACUCAAAGCCGACUGUAUAUGUACCCUCGUCUGCCGAAUUCAUCAUCUUUUUAUGUCAAUCCCUCUUGCUCUCCCGAUUGUCGUUCCCUUUCUUUCUUGUUUCUAGUCUUUGUGGUUCGCCUGACUGCCAGCCUGGUGCUGAUAUAGGGCCUCCUUUGUUUAAUUCCCUACCUCUUUAAAACCUCCUCGACGAAAGCUCAUCACCCAUCCAUCUCCACCCAACUGCCCCUCCUGCCUCCAUAUAUAAGAGGCAUAAAGUCAUGCGUCUCGCACCGAUUCUCCUCUCACUGGCAACAGUGUCAUUGGCUGCCCCUGCGACCAACUUGAACAACGCCUAUGACUUCUCAGACGAGCUCUCGGACUUUUAUGCCAAAGUCAGCCAGUAUAUCAGUCGCGUGAGAAAAGACACGAGUCCGUCAGCGACAUGUGAUACAUCCAAGAUCGAAUUGCCCUCACUCGCCUCGGGUCUACCGGCUCCCAACCAAACGGUUCCAAUGUAUGUGGCUCUUGGACGGGGUACACAGAACUAUACGUGUGCCGACUCCACGUCUGCGUCUACUCCAAAGGCUGUCGGUGCUGUCGCCAACCUGUACAAUGCGACAUGCUUAGCUGCCAACUACCCGGAUAUCUUGGAGUCUCUUCCCAGCAUCGCCCUCAAGAUCUCCCUACCUGCCUACGAAUAUGCCACCUUUCCACCGGCCAACCUCGACCUGAUGGGGCAUCACUUCUUCACCAAUGUGACUCCCGAGUUCAACCUCGACACCACAGCCACUAAGCAGUUCGGCAUUGCCAUGACCAAGAAGGGUGGUCAGAUUGAUGCCCCGAGCACUGCUGUACAGGGCAAAUAUGGUGCGGUCCCUUGGCUGUACUUGUCCACCAUCGAUGGCACUAUCGGCAAAUACAAGGGUGUCUAUCGAGUCGACACGGCUUCGGGCUCUCCACCUGACGAUUGCUCAGGCAUGCCAUCUUCGUUUGAAAUCCAGUAUUCUGCAAACUACUACUUUUUUGGGAGCUAAAUGGGCUUGAAAUUCGGUUGUACAUAGGACAAGGUGGCGGAUUGGGUGGCUAUACCUAUCGAGGACUACUAGGCUGGUCCAUAUAUUAGUAUUUAUUUCCAGUCUCAAAGAUUUACACUUUGAUGACUAUGGCGUUAAUGAAGGAGUAUAAGGUGUAUCUUUCCCCCUUUUCCUCGCAAAUCAAUCAAUAUCUCCCUCAAGGCCUUGUUGCACUUGGACCAUCACCUCGUCAGCCUCUGCAGGGCUCAUUCACACCACGUGAUCUCGCU